GUCAGAUUUCUCGUCAUUCAGGCCAGCUAACUGAGAACAAGCGACGGCCUUCUCUAAUCUUUCAUUGAAAAAAGACGAAAGCGAGACGAAAACACAAAUAGAUUGACACCGCCAAAAUGAUACACAGCCUGUUCCUCGUGAACUCCUCGGGGGACAUUUUCCUGGAGAAGCACUGGAAGAGCGUUGUGAGCCGCUCCGUGUGCGACUAUUUUUUCGAGGCGCAAGAGCGCGCCAGCGAGCCGGAGAACGUGCCCCCAGUCAUCCCGACCCCACACCACUACCUAAUCAGUGUGCUAAGGCACCGCAUUUACUUUGUGGCAGUUAUUCAGAGCGAGGUGCCGCCGCUCUUUGUCAUUGAGUUCUUACACAGGGUGGUUGAUACAUUCCAGGACUACUUUGGGGUGUGCACGGAGGCAGCGAUCAAGGACAAUGUGGUGGUAGUAUAUGAGCUACUAGAGGAGAUGCUGGACAAUGGUUUCCCCCUGGCCACAGAGUCCAAUAUCCUCAAAGAGCUCAUCAAGCCGCCCACCAUCCUGCGCACAGUGGUCAACACCAUCACAGGCAGUACCAAUGUAGGGGAGCAGCUCCCUACUGGCCAGUUGUCUGUGGUGCCAUGGCGACGCACUGGAGUGAAGUACACAAACAACGAGGCCUACUUUGAUGUAGUGGAGGAGAUUGAUGCCAUAAUCGAUAAAUCAGGCUCCACUAUCACAGCAGAGAUCCAGGGGGUGAUUGAUGCCUGUGUGAAAUUAACAGGCAUGCCUGACCUCACUCUCUCGUUCAUGAACCCUCGUCUGCUGGAUGAUGUGAGCUUCCACCCGUGUGUGAGGUUCAAGCGCUGGGAAGCGGAGAGGAUCCUCUCCUUCAUCCCCCCAGAUGGAAACUUCCGGCUGCUCUCCUACCACGUCAGCUCCCAGAAUCUGGUGGCCAUCCCAGUGUACGUCAAGCACAACAUCACGUUCAGGGAGGGUAGUUCUCAGGGCCGCUUUGAGCUGACCCUGGGCCCCAAGCAGACCAUGGGGAAGGGAGUAGAGGCUGUUCUGGUCAGCAGCCAGCUGCCCCGUGGAGUUCUCAACACCAACCUCAACCCCACCCAGGGGACAUACACCUUCGACCCUGUCACUAAGCUCCUGUCGUGGGACGUGGGUAAGAUCAACCCUCAGAAACUGCCGAGUCUAAAAGGCUCUAUGAGCCUGCAGGCAGGGGCCUCCAAGCCAGACGAGAACCCGACCAUCAACAUCCAGUUCAAGAUCCAACAGUCGGCCCUCUCUGGACUGAAGGUGAAUCGGUUGGAUAUGUACGGGGAGAAGUACAAGCCAUUCAAAGGCAUCAAGUACAUGACCAAAGCUGGCAAAUUCCAGGUCCGGACAUAGAGGCUUGACUCGUCACUCUCUGGCCUCUGCACCAUUACUGUACAACAGAUAGGAGGUGGUUUCAGAUGG